AUGGAAGGCUACCGCAUGCUGUACGCCGACUACUUCACCGAUGAUCCAUUGCACAACGAUGUGAUCUUUCGGCGCCGUUUCAGAAUGUCUCGGAAGCUCUUUUUGAAGAUCGCCGAGUACCUCCGGGAGUACGACGAUUACUUCAAAUUGAAGAGGGACGCCGUCGGCACACUUGGUUUCACAUCAAUUCAGAAAUGCACGGCAUCCCUCCAUUUGCUUGCUUAUGGAAUUCCUGCCGAUACACAGGACGACUACCUCCGUAUGGCCGAGUCCAUGACCAUCCAUUGCAUGUACAGGUUCUAUAGGGCAAUUGUGGCGGUGUUUGGAGAUCAGUACUUGAGGACACCCACUGCAGAAGACAUAGCUCGGAUCAUGGCACAGAAUGCAGAAAGAGGAUUCUCAGGUAUGCUUGGCAUCAUCGACUGUAUGCAUUGGUCAUGGAAGAACUAUCCAUUUGCACACCAGGGCAUGCACUGCUCCUCCUCGGUGAACUAUGAGAUCAAGGGCCAUGUGUACAACAAGGGAUACUACCUGGCAAAUGGCAUCUAUCAAGAAUGGUUGAACUUUGUGUAG